AUGCGCCAGUUCAACUCCAACUUGGGAGGUGCAAUCUUCGCGUAUUUGUCGACCGUGUCCUGGGAUGGCGAUGUCACCCAGUUCAGCCCAAACUCCGCUUACGAUGAUGGAGGUGCAAUCUACGCGUAUUCUUCGACCGUGUCCUGGGAUGGCGACGGCACCCAGUUCAGCUCCAACUCCGCUAGCUUUUGUGGAGGUGCAAUCUACGUGAUGAGUACUUCCGAAUUAUCCGACGUCACCGACGCGGUAUUCAUCAACAAUCGUGCAGGAAACGGGGGGGCGGUGUAUAUUUACGCUGGAGAAUUUCAAGACAGGCCUGCUACAAUUUCGGGGUGCAAUUUCUCGAACAACGUGGCGGAGGAGGCCGGCGGGGCUGUGAACACCUUGGCCGUAAGCAAUUUUUCUCUUCUUGUCAUUUUGAGGGCAACUCGGCAGCUUCUGAUUGCACCAUAUACAACCGGUCGCCACCAAUCCGCUUUGCCAGAUGUCGGCGGAGCUAUGAGGCCCGGUGGUGACGCGACUGUCAGCGACUGUGAAUUCCUCGACAACAUCGCUUACAGCCGUGGACUCGCUGUUGAUGUGGUCGAGUCUGGGAAUAUCAACAACUCAAGAUGGUCACAGUCACAGUCCACCUUUUCCGCCUUAAAAAUGCAGGAAGACCCCAAUGUACGCUUUGAGACAGUGUGCCUCGAAUGUCCUGCUUGGGACGAGUGCUUCGAAUGCACCAUCGCGGACGGUACCGUCACGCCGACAUGCGAGGUCCCAUUGGAGCACACUGCGGCCGACGAAGAUGGAUUGACGUUGGAAACGCUCAAGAUUGAUGAAGGCUACUGGCGUGCAACUACCGAAAGCGUCAUCAUCCUGGCGAGUUACAAUGCGAAUGCCUGCGCAGGGGGAAAAACGGGAGCGGACAGCUUUUGUGCCUCAGGAUACCAGGGAACAUAUUGCGCAGUGUGCAAAACCGACUAUUCUCCAUCGCUCGCUCACAUUUGCACGCAUUGCUCGAGCUCAAGACGCCAAGGACUCAUGUGCAUCGCUGCCAUCGCCGUGAUUGUCACGGUCUUGGCUUUUGUGGCAAUUUUCCAGUACAUGUUGUCGACGGAGCAUGAAGAGGGGAUCUUGUGGUGCUUCCGUCGCAGGGUACUUGGAGCGGUUCCCGUCCAGUCGUUGAAAAUCAUCGUCGUCGUGUGGCAGAUUUUGACCCAGUUUGCUGACACGGCCAAUGUCACCUAUCCUGGCUUGUACCAAGACUUUCUUAGCGCGAUCGACGUGAUCAACUUCGACAUCGGUUCCGUGCUCGCGGUCGGGUGCUUGUGGUACGAGGUGGACUUCCACGACCGACUUCUCGUCAAUACCAUAGGACCGUUGGUUGUUGCUGGAUUUUUGGCGAUGACGUACGGGAUCGUGUUGCGUAGGUACAGCGCAUCCGGCGGCACUGGUGGAGUAGAAAAGAUUCGCCACAAACAUCAGACGGCCCUACUGUUCUUGACGUUCCUGGUGUAUUCCUCAGUUUCAUCAACGGUGUUCCAAACCUUCGCUUGCGAGACACUUGAUGACGACGUCGAAUACCUUCGGGCGGACUACCGUAUUCAUUGCACAGAUGCUAAGCACAAGGCCUUUGAAGUGUACGCAGCGAUCAUGAUUGUUGUAUACCCGGUGGGAAUCCCCCUGUUUUAUGCUUUCCUGUUGUUUCAACAUCACCACAUUCUGGCCGACGCUGGUGCGGACAAGACAGUAGCUCUGUCGAUUUCCGGGCUGUGGGAGCCGUACAGGCCCGAGCGGUUCUAUUAUGAAGAAGUCGAGUGCGGACGCCGUGUCAACCUGACGGGUGUAGUCGUCUUUAUCUUUCCGAACGAUGCGGCCCAAAUUGCGAUCACCAUGCUAAUUACUUCAUAUUUUUCGUUGCUGUUCGAAAUAUUGUCGCCGUACGGGUCUGAGUCCGACAUGUGGCUUUCGCGGGGGGGUCAUGUAAUUGUGUUCCUCAGUAUCUUUGAUUUGGUGCUGCUGAAAGUGGAUGUGUCUGGUGAGAGCGACCAAAGCCAGGCUGUAUUUUCCGGAGUGUUGUUGGCAGGUCAUGUGUUGAUGAUUCUUGUCAUCGUUGUCGAGGUGGUUGGCAUCUGUUACGCUUCAGGGAUGAAGCGAGUUGUCGGAGCAGCGUCGUCAUCUGAGAGUUCGCCGGGGUUGAGGCCACGCCCAGGAUCGGAUGAUCCUGCAUUUGAGAGCGUUCCCCGCAUCGUGGCCGUCGUUCAUGCGGCGAAGUUCAGUGUCAGAAGAGCCCGGACCGACUCGGAGAAUCGCUGGGAUAAUGAUCGUAAACAUCCACAGAGAUACCCCUCCUCCAGCCUAGUGUCUGUGGUAUUGAUAUAA